AUGAAGGAGGUUCCACUGAAGGUGUUAUGUUUUAUAUGGCGGGCGAAAUGGGGACGAGUCCCAUCGGCUCAAGCAUUGAUCUCUAGAGGAUUCAGUAAUAUCUCUCCAAAUUGUGGAUAUUGCAAUCAUACCGAUGAAAUUUCAGAUCACAUCUUCAUCCAUUGUGACUUUGCCUCAGCCGUGCGUGAAUGGAUCAUGAGAUGGUGCGGUGUAACUCUUGCACCCAUUAAUACCGUAGAGGAUCUAUUGGAAUUUGCAUCUAAUUGGAGUCAAUGUCCCAAGAAACACAAGGUUUUUAUGAUGAUCUGUUACGGAUUAAUUUGGUGUUUAUGGAAAGCUCGCAAUGACAUAAUUUUUAAACAGGUGAAGGCAAGCCCUACCAAAAUCGUGGACGAUAUACAAGCACUAGUGUUCUUCUGGUUAAAACACAGGGGCUCAUUGGGGGCUAUUAGAUGGUGUGAUUGGUGCAUAUCCCCAUUUGCUUGCUUGUAA